AUGGCUAAGACUACUCGCCCUCCAAAUACAUCAGUACUAGCCAAAUCUUCCGGAGUCCAUGAUGCUCCCUCGCUCCCAGAGAGUGACUCUCAGUGGGAGAAGGCCCUUCUAGAUGUGAAAUGGCUUUUGUUCAACCAACAAUACAAGCAAUGUGCCAUGCGAUGCAAGCAGCUGAUUGACACCGCUUCCCCUCCGCUUCAUCCUAUUCGUGCGACUUACCUCCAUUACCAUGCUGCCACUGCAUAUGAGUACAUGGGAAGGGCAGCUCAUGUCUAUUCAACAGUCAAGAUUCCGCUUCUGACCGAGGCUAUGGAGCAUCACAAAUCUGCGUUCGUGUCUUUGCCAGAGAUGGUCCCAGUGCCGGCCCCGAGCCAACAGGAAGACUUCGAGCCUGCUUCUUUCUUGUGGUCACCCACCAUAGAGUCUCAGUCUCCUACUACCGUCGCAUGGAGCGAUGGGGUUCCGCCGAUUCCUCCUACCUCACUUCCUCCUUCUGCGUUGAUGGCUGCUGCUGUUUGGCCUGAUUCGUCCACCUUGUCUCCUCGGUCUCCUGUUACUGUCAUCGCGUGGAGCCCCGGAGUUACGCUGACCCGCCAUGCUUCUCCUGCUAGAGUGUCGCGUACUCCAUCUCCCGAUCCUUCUGUCAUCACUGCAUUUCACGUCACGCCGCCUCAUGCAACUCGUGGAGAAUCGCGGCUUGACUACAAUGAACCUGCCUCUGACUCUCCCCGUCCUUCUGUCACCACCGAGUUUUGCGUCACGCCGCCUCAUGCAGCUUGUGGAGAAUCGCUGCUUGGCUACAAUGAAUCUCCCUCUGACUCUCCCCGUCCUUCUAUCAGCACUGCGCUUUGCGUCACGCCGCCUCAUGCAGCCCGUGGAGAAUCCCUACUGGACUACAGUGAAUCUCCCUCUGGCUCUCCCCGUCCAUCUGUCAUCACUGAGUUUUGCGUCACGCCGCCUCAUGUAGCUCGUGGAGAAUCGCAGCUUGACCUUGACUACAAUGACCCUUCCCCUGCCUGUCAAUUGUCAUCACCAUCUCAAGCAACCUUCUUUACGCCUCAAAGCAGUCGAUCUCGCCUGCCUGUCAGAAGCCAACUGGUUGCCUUCAAUGGUGGCAAAGAUGGGCCUCCCCGCGAGGGAUCUGUCAUCCGAGAUACCGCGUUUGACAAUUUCAUUCCCGAAGCCGAUGGUGACCCUUUCGUGAAUGACACCCCUACCCAACAUCACCCUCAAACGCGUAUUCCAGUGCGUCUACCUCCGGUCAGAUUCCCAGCUGAGCUCAAGGAUCCAAUGAAGCGAAGAGACCUUGUUCCAUCCCCGCUCGCAAUUCGAAAGCAGUCUGGUGAGAUUCUCAUGUGCAGGGAUUCCGCAAUGAUAGCACCUGCUGCUUCUGAGAAUGAAACAGCCGAGAAGAAGAUAUCUGAUAACGAGCUAAUGCCACCUCCGAGGUCUCGACUUCCCCGGCUGUCCAACAACAUCACCCCAUCCAGACACAUGAAUGCUGGCACGGAGAAGAUAGACACUUCACUCCUAGCACCACAGUCGAUGCGCGUGAACUCGCUUCUUACCUCACACUACAUGACCAUCGGGCGACCCAUGGCGCCAUCGCCCAGCCCUCCAUCCAGCUCUUCGCCCCCCGUGCAGAGGCCGAUGUCCGUCCUCAGAGUGCCGUUCCAAAGCCACCCAGGUUCGCCGAAUACUGAUACAGACUCAUCCAACCCUCGUUCCCCUGUAUCCUGGUCUGGACAUACCAGCUCCAAGAGCACCGCCAUGAUCCUUGAAUUCAACGACACCAUCGCGUGGCUCGCCGAGAAGAUUCCACACUACAUCGCCGAUCUCGAGAAGCAGAUCGAGCGUGUUAAGGCGGUGCAGCAGGCCCGCCGCGCCCGUCACCCAGCUAUGAACCGCUCUGUCUCCUUUUGGACUUUUACUCCCAUCAAGCCCCACACCAAUCCGGGCGAGUCUCCGGUUGCACCUCGGGUGGAGGGGCCCAAUGUUGACGAAUUUGGGAAUGUUAUGCGACUUGAGUCCAAGGAGCAGCGUAUGAAGCGGCUUAGGAAAGAAGGCUGGGUCAUUGGGUUUCGGUCGAAGCAUAGUAACUGGAAGGGGACUGAGUAUUACGAUCGACUUUGUGAGGAUGCUUUGGCUGAGCUUGGUCCAUCUGGUAAUGGAUCUCGUGAAUGGCUGAAUCGGUUCCAGAACCACUAG